AAAUUUUUCGGAAAAUUUCUCGAUGACGACAACACAAUUUUUUUGUUUUUCCCAAACCAUCAGUGUUUAUCAUUGUUUUCACGAUUUAUCAUAUACUCAAUCAUGGUAGAUGCUGCAACACGUAAAUCAUUGACACAAAUUCCUCUUCUCAAAACAAAAGCUGGACCACGAGAUAAAGAAUUAUGGCCACAACGAUUAAAAGAAGAGCUACAGUCAUUGAUUGAGUAUGUAAAAAAGAACAAAGAAAACGAUAAUGAUUGGUUUCGUCUUGAAUCAAAUUCCGAUGGAACAAAAUGGUUUGGAAAAUGUUGGUACAUUUAUAAAUUGGUCAAAUAUGAAUUCGAUAUUGAAUUUGAUAUUCCUGUAACAUAUCCAACUACAUCGCCAGAGAUUGCCUUACCAGAAUUGGAUGGAAAAACAGCCAAAAUGUAUCGUGGUGGUAAAAUUUGUACCAGUGAUCAUUUCAAACCAUUAUGGGCAAGAAAUGUUGGAAAAUUUGGCAUAGCACAUGCAAUGGCUCUUGGUUUAGGUCCAUGGCUAGCAGUUGAAAUACCCGAUCUUGUCGAUAAAGGAAUUGUGAAAGAAAAAAGUGGUUAAAAGAUUUUUUUUUAUUUUUCCAAAUAAGCCUGAUUGUCGAUUUGAUUUUUU